AUGGAGCUUCUCCCUUCUGGCCAGCAAAACUCCGUGGAGGUGUUAUGGGAGGACCAGCAGAAAAUUAAUAAAUUUUCCUCGCUUAUUUACAAAAAAGAUGCGCUCACAGAACGCCUUGAGAAACUCAAAUCCGAGAAGGAGUACAUUGAAGAUUUGGCCAUGGAAAUCGAGCUUCUAGAUGAGGAUGAGAAGAUCCAGUACAAAAUCGGCGACGCCUUUGUGUUUUUGAAAGCUGAGGCUGCUAUUGAAGCUAUAAACAAGCAGAACGAGACGUUGGACACACAGAUUUCCGAGUUGAAAGACCAAAUCGAAGUGAUCGAAGACCACCUUGCGCUGUACAAGAAAGACCUAUAUGCUAAAUUUGGCAACAACAUCCAGCUUGAACGAUAG